CUCUGUGCCCGCUGCCGCAGUUGAGGAGCGGAUGAAGCCUGAGUCUCACAGGGAUGGCGGAGUGCUGAACGGCUACGAGUUUGCUUGGAAACAUCGCGGAGGAGCUGCACAAAGUUGUCCGCUUUAAGGAAAUUCUCCCAUAACAAGGGCAUCUCUCUCACUCUACAGCUGCCAGCAUGAUGAAGGACUGCCUGCAGUUCCUUAUCGAGCCGGCCAAAAAGCUCAAGAUUCGACUCAAGGAGUCUCAUAAGCGGGUGAAACAUGAGAAAAAGGAGCCGCUGGUGGAAAGUCAGUUAUUUAUUAUGGAGCUGGCUCGAGAACUCAACAAAAUUUGCCAAAGGUCAAGCAUUCUUGGCCAUAUCUGGACCAGUGAGGACAUCUGGCCAGCCAGUGUGUGUCGGGAUUUUAUUGUGGAAUGGGCUUCUGUGUUGGAGAAGAGAGUGCAGCCAAGGAUCAUUCUGUCUGACUACCAGAAUGACAAACCAGAGAAGAAAGACUGGAAGGGACACCUCCUGUGCAUGCUGGAGGCAGGGGGUGAGUGCGACAUGGGGCCCCACAAGAGAGUCAUCAUGGACUGGACACGGGAGAUGAAAAGCAGACCUCAGCCCACCAUCUGGCCGGGUGAGCCCGUGCUCAUGAUGCUAGACGACCUGGAGUUCCAGUGGAAGAGGGGUCGCCUGCCCAACCUGCUCCCAGCCAUGGAGCUGUUCUUGCUGGCUGUGCUGAACGCUGAUAGCCCUGUCAAGGAGGACGUGACAAAGCAAUGGCUGGUGAGAAAGCAGCGAAGCCAGAAGAUUGAUGCUGUCCGCUACAUCCCCCACAGUGUGUGGAAUUGGAUCUGUGAUGCUGCAGACGAUGUAACUCUGGACUCAGACUCAGCCAACCCAGACUUGCUUAUCUCUAGUGAUGAAAAGCGCAUGCGGUGUGGCCUGGAACAUCGCGAAGUUCAGCAAAGUCAUCAACGCUUCAAUGGCUGGUGGUGUGCCGUGGGCCAGGAGGGCUACACCAGCGGACGGCAUUACUGGGAGGUGGAGGUGGGUGAGCGCGACUGGCGGCUGGGCGUUGCCAAAGCAUCUGCGGUGCGGCAAGGUUUCCGCUCACUCAACACAGACACAGGCUACCUGACCCUCCGUCUGGAGAGGGGCUCAGAUCUGAAGGCCCUCACAGUUCCCGCCACCCUGCUGUCACAGAGUGUGGUUCCCAGGAAAGUUGGGGUAUACCUGGACUAUGAGCAGAGCCAGCUGUCUUUCUACGAUGUGGAGAAGCGCUCCCAUCUGUACACCUACAACGAGAAGUUCACAGAGGAACUGUACCCCUUGUUUGGGACUGUGGAGGUGGUCAAAGACCUGGUGAUCAGGCCUGCAGAUCUCAGACAGCCGUGCCUCUGUCCCGGGCCCUGCCUCUGGAACUGAACUUGGGAGAGUGGGGAGUUCACCCCAAAAUCCAUAACGUAUAUUUUUCCUUUUACCCACACUGAUGUUUGCCUAUCUAGAUGGAUAAACAGCACUACAGGUAAGAGGACAAAUGUGUUUUUUUGGUUUUGGGGUGAACUGUCCCUUUAAUACACAUCAGUCACUCCUCAGUCCCGAUCCUCAGCAACCCAGAGAGUCUGUGCUUUUAUUCUUGUCCAUUGUUUAGUGAGUUUGACUCUUGUGUGCUGUGUCUAGACUAAAGGUCUGACUCUUUCUGUGGGUUGCCCUGUAAGAUCUGGAGCAACAAAUGCCAUCAUUCUGCAUUUCAAUUUGAGUUACUCUGCCUUCAUGGAGACAUACAGUGUUUGACAAUUUGUAUUGUAAAGAUGAAUAUUUUAAGGCUGUUGUGUCAAAACCUCAAAGACAGCUUUGUUUUUAGCUGGGUGAAAAGGUUUUAUCCAUUCUGUCCAUUAAGGUUUCAUAGGGUUUAGAAGUCCACAAAAGCCCUCAGAGGAACAGUAUUUUUUUUGGUUUGUUUAAAGUUAAAACAUAAAAACACUCAGAGUGGGUUUGCGACAAUAUGGAAAUGUAUUUUUUUGACUACUUUUUUGAUUACUUUGGGAUGUAAAAACAAGAACAACAUUUGCAAAUGUUAAAAAAGCAUGAAGGCUCUGUGAAACGAUGUGCAACUAGCUACUCAGAGCCUCAGAGCAGCAAAUCAGUGCAGCUGAUGAGAGCUUGCGAACACACACAGAUAAUUACAGACUGGGCUGACACAUGUGACGAAUUAAUUCUCACUCUGUUUGCUUCUGUGUCUCAAGCUUCCUGCACACAUUUGUCAGGCAUGAACUUGUUUUGCAGCUGUGUUUUUGUUUAUGUGUGCAGUAUUGAGAUAUUGACGCUUUUUUUCCCUGCAAACAUCAAUAAAUGAACUGUAAAUGCUU